AAACAUUUGAAUCCCAAAGAGCGCCACUUUCUCUUCGCUACCCGACAAACCUUCCCUCCCUUUUCACGCCUACUUUGUCCCUAUCCCUUCUUCUUCUCCCAGCAUCGUAGCUCGUAAAACCCUAGAACCGUCUUCUUAAAGAACCCAAUUCCUCUGUUUCUCCCCCCCCCCUUUCUCUUUUCCUAUGCGGCGAUCUGAGCGUUCUCUCCUCUCAACCUAAUCAAUUUCAGAUGGAUUCUCCGACUGAAACUGGACUUGAGAUCUCUGAUGAUUCACGCGAGUGGUUAGAGAAUUCCCUUGAAGAAGAAGAAGAAGUCUCAUCAGGUUUAGACCGAAGUGCAUCUUCCCCUGUAACCCCAGAGUCUGAGAGAAGAAUAAAUGUAGCUCUCAGCUUUGGUAACGGGAGUUCGGAUGUUUCUCCGAAUCACGAGUCUGAAUCUUCUUACUCCGAGUUAGACUCGGAAGCAGAGGCCUUUUACUCAUCACUCAACCACCAACUGGUCUUCUCAUCUGGGACAAUGGAUAGUGAGAAGCCAAUGAGCUACAGCGAAUUGAUGAAGAAGCUUGGUCAAUACGAGGAAGAGCUCAGGACUAAAAGCCUAAAGCUCCAAGAUUCUGAACUAGAGAUUGAAAAGCUCAAGGGUGAGGCUGAGAAGAGAGAGUCUCCUGAGAAUCUACGCGCUGAGGUCGAAGCUGCGAGGAGGGAGAUAGAGAGAAAGGACACAGACAUUGAGAACGAGAAAAGGCGUGCCCUGGAGUUGGAAAGACAGGUGGUUGAUUUGGAAUCUCAGCUCUCAGACUUGCGUUUCAAUGUAAGGAAUGUAGUGGAUGAGCUUCAUGCGAGUAAAGUGGGUUUAGCUGCAGCAGAUGCUGAGAUCUCAAAGCUAGAGGAGAUGUUGUGUACUGAGAAAACAAAGUUGGAGAAGCAGACUUUCUUGGACGAUCAGAUUAAGCAUUAUGAUGCAGAGAACAUGGAGAUGAAGGCUAAAGAGGUGAAGCUGGAAGCUGAGAUCAAUGCAUUGAAGACAGACUUGGCCUCACGAGAUGAGCGUAUGGAAGCGUUGAACAAGGACUUGGACAAGCACAAGCUGAGGUAUGACAUGUUGAUGGCAGAGAAAGAUGGAGUUUGCGCUGAAGUAGACAAUCUAAAAGCGGAGAUGAGAACAAGAGACAUCCAAAUCGAGCAAAUGGAAGAGCAACUUAACCAGCUUGUGUCCGAAUCAGGAAAUGCCAAGAACACUGUGGAAGAACUGAGAGCUAUGGUUAAAGAGCUAGAGAAGCAAGCAGAGUUACAGGGGAAUGCGAUAUCAGAAGGUGAGGAAGAGAAACGAGAGGCGAUAAGACAGCUUUGUUACUCUCUGGAUCAUUACAAAACCGGAUACAGACAGCUUUUGAGGUUUCUUUCGGGCAACAAAAAGCAACAACAACAGGCAACAACGGUCGUGUGAUUUAGAUUGAAUGCUCUCUCUCCUUUGUUUAUUCGUUGCACCAUUAAUAUGUCUUCCUUUGUCCCCCAUCAUAUUGUGUGUUUCUCUUUCGUCUCAAGACAUUCUUCAGAACCUUUCGUAACAAUUGUUAUUUACAUAAAACCUUAAGCCUGAGUAUUAAAGCCUGUUUAUUAUGUCA